GAUCCUCCCGAGGAGAUCGGAGUGGAUCUCACCGAUUCAGAAGUCCUCUAUGCAAAAGAAGGCAACACUUACAAUCUCCGUUUGGCCAAGAGCAAACUCAUGGAAGAAUUGCGGUGCGAUUUCAAUAAUCGCUCUGCGCCCAGUAAUGUGAUUUCUUUGGUUGCCAAAAGGAAAACCGCUAAUCAUCAUUUGAAAAUUGAACACAUCUCAGCGGACAAUGUUGGCGAGUAUAACUGCACACUACGACUCUAUAAGAAGGAUUUCCGUACCAAGAAGUUCUCAGUCGUUCUCGGAUCGGAUCCACGGCUCUCUUCUGUCGAAGGACUUUUCACUUACACUUUCUAUCGGUUGCAUUGUUUUGUUAAUGAUCUCUUUAGCUUGAAGCAUAGGGAUGGUUAA